AUGCAGCCUGGCGUCUUCCCAUAUCCUUUCCUUCUAGUGACGAUGCACUGCUUUUUCUGCUCCUUCUUUGCAGGAGUUCUUCUCCUGGUUAAGCCGUCGCUGUUUCCUGCAUUGACAGACCCAGACAAAGCGGUCGACAUCACCUUGAUGUACUGCUUGAGGGAAAUUCUACCCAUCGCUGGAUGCUUCGCCAUAUCAUUGGUGACCAGCAAUAUGGCCUACAAGUACUGCACCGUUGCCUUUCUCCAGAUGAUGAAGGAAAGCAACAUAGUGACUAUCUACUUGAUGUCCGUAGUGGCUGGUAUUGAGGACUUCUCGUUUGUUCAGAUUAUGAUCCUGGUCGCAAUGGUGUGUGCUACCUGGACGUGCGUCCAGGGCGAGCUACACUUCUCGCUUUCCGGCCUCCUCCUCCAAGCCAGCUCUUCUCUGGCGGAGGCAGCAAAGACCAUCUUUCAGUGCUUGGCCUUGGCACACGGCUCCGGCAAGAAGCUGGAUCCGUUAUCCGCGGUGUUGAUCAUAAUGCCCUUGUGUGGCCUCUUGCUGGCUAUGGUGAUUUUAUUCCACUAUCACGCUUAUGAGUUGACUUUCGUUGCAAUGCCCAGCUACGGCCAGAUCUUCGAGUUGCGCACGGACUUGGCGCUGAAUAUCGCCAAUGCUUUUGUUCUCAACGUGCUCAUCGCCAUGUUCCUGAAGAUCCUAUCCCCAGUGGCGUAUAUCCUGACUGGCAACGUGAAGGACAUUGCCAUUGUGGUGAUGUCUGCGUUGCUCCUGCACGAUGCCCAGCAGCAAGACUGGUGGGCCUACUGGUUGGCGUACAGCAUUGCUGCCUUUGCAGGGUUUGGUCUGUGA